GUUUCUUUAGGGGAACGUGGCCUUCCCCUCCUCCCCCCUCCCCUCCCCUGCAGCGCCGGCGGCGGAGCUGGAGCCGCAGCAGCAGCCGCAGGAUCCGCAACCUCAACCAUGGACCCGGCCCUCAGCGAACCCCUCAAUGGCAGCGGCCCCGCCGAGCCCCCCGCGACCCCCAGCCCAGCCAACGGCACGGCGCGGCCACCCUCCACCCCCGAGGGCAUCGCCCUGGCCUACGGCAGCCUCCUGCUCAUGGCGCUGCUACCCAUCUUCUUCGGGGCCUUGCGCUCUGUGCGCUGUGCCCGCAGCAAGAAUGCUUCAGAUAUGCCAGAGACCAUUACCAGUCGUGAUGCUGCUCGAUUUCCCAUCAUCGCUAGCUGCACACUCUUGGGCCUCUACCUCUUCUUUAAAAUCUUCUCUCAAGAGUACAUCAACCUCUUGCUCUCCAUGUAUUUCUUCGUGCUGGGGAUCUUGGCUCUGUCUCACACAAUCAGCCCUAUCAUGAACAAGUUCUUCCCAGCAAAUUUCCCCAACAAGCAGUAUCAGCUACUCUUUACACAAGGCUCCGGGGAGAAUAAGGAAGAAAUUGUCAAUUAUGAGUUUGACAGUAAGGAUCUCGUGUGCCUGACCCUGAGCAGUAUCAUCGGUGUUUGGUACCUGCUAAGGAAGCACUGGAUUGCCAACAACCUCUUUGGCCUGGCCUUCUCCCUCAACGGAGUGGAGCUCCUGCACCUCAAUAAUGUCAGCACAGGCUGCAUCCUGCUCGGAGGCCUCUUUGUCUAUGACAUCUUCUGGGUUUUUGGCACCAAUGUGAUGGUAACUGUGGCCAAGUCCUUUGAGGCACCAAUAAAAUUGGUUUUCCCCCAAGACCUGCUGGAAAAGGGAUUGGAGGCAGACAACUUUGCCAUGCUGGGACUGGGAGACAUCGUCAUUCCAGGCAUCUUCAUUGCUCUGCUUCUGCGUUUUGACAUCAGCCUGAAGAAGAACACGCACACCUACUUCUACACCAGCUUCGUGGCCUACAUCUUUGGCCUGGGUCUUACUAUCUUCAUUAUGCAUGUCUUCAAACAUGCCCAGCCGGCAUUGCUCUAUCUGGUCCCUGCCUGCAUUGGUUUCCCCCUGCUGGUGGCGCUGGCAAAGGGAGAAGUCACGGAGAUGUUCAGCUAUGAAUCUUCUGCUGAAAUCUUGCCACACACUCCGCGGCUUACCCACUUCCCCACUGUUUCGGGCUCACCCGCCAGCCUUGCGGAUUCCAUGCAACAGAAAGCGGCCUGCCCCCGCCGCCGCCGGCCACACAGCCCCAGCGCCCUCUACGAGGAGACAAACGAGAAGGAGAAGGAGUCAGCCAAUGAGUGCAAAGAAGGAGCGCCGCCAUCAUCAUCAUCAUCAUCCUCUGAGACGGAAAAGAAGGAGCAGUAAGGGUGGGCUUGGAGCCAGGUGGAGUGGAGGGGGGGGCUCCUGCCACUAGGGCAGGAGCUGGGGGAGAGACAAUGGCCCUGCAGAACCGGGCAGUGAUGCUCCGGCUUAGGCUGCCCUGCUGGAGCCAGGCCUCUCCUCUCCCUUCUCCUUCCCGAGCCCAGUCUUGGAUUUUUCUCUUUGUUUCUGGUUGUGUACUUCCUGCGUGCUCCCUCCCCAGCACUGGGCAAAGAAACCCCAACUACCUUUUGUGGGGAGGGUGACAGGGGUGGUGAGAGGGCCUGGUUUUUAAAUUUUUUGUAUUACCGUGAACUCCUCUCUCUCACAUUAAAAGUCUGUGUCAAGUGAAAGUGA